AUGCCUCCAUCUGCGAUCCUCGUCUCCGUCUUCGCCCUCCUCCUCGCCCUCCUCGCCCCGGCUGUUCGGUCCAUGACGCUAACCGACGAUGACCUGCGUAACAUUCCCUCGCCGGGCGACGACUUCAACAUCAAGAAUGGCAAGCUGCUCGCCCCGAUCUUGAUCCCCCGCGUCGCCGGCACCGAGGGCUCGCUGCGCGCCCAGCAGCACUUCGUCGACUUCUUCCGCGACAACCUCCCCGAGUGGACCAUCCAGUGGCAGAACACGACGUCCAAGACGCCCGUUACUGGCGACAAGGACGUGCCAUUCUCCAACUUGAUCUUCCGCCGAGAUCCCCCCGGUUCGAACCCAGGCGAAGUCGGCCGGUUGACUUUGGUCGCGCAUUAUGACAGCAAAUACGAGCCGACAGGCUUUAUCGGCGCAACCGACAGUGCGGCGCCAUGCGCCAUGCUCAUGCAUGUGGCGAGGAGCAUCGAGCAAGCGCUCAAGGCCAAGUGGGAGUUGGACGAUGGGCUGGACGAGCCCAAGGGGGUUCAGAUCCUCUUCCUAGAUGGCGAGGAGGCCUUUUUGCACUGGACGGACACUGAUUCCCUGUACGGGGCGAGAGCACUUGCCGAAGACUGGGACUCGCAAUUCCACGGUUCCAUGUCUACCUACAGAACGCCUCUCGACUCCAUCAGCCUCUUCCUGCUGCUAGACCUUCUCGGAACCUCAGAGCCCAGGGUCCCGUCAUACUUCCUGACGACUCACUGGGCCUACAGGGCCAUGGCUCUGCUCGAGAAGCGUAUGCGUGACUUGGGCGUCCUCGAGGCCAACCCCGCCAGCCCUUUCCUACCAGAAUCAGACAAGGAGGCCAGCCGCUUUACUCGCAGCUACGUAGAUGAUGACCACAGGCCGUUCAUGGAGCGUGGCGUUGACAUCCUGCACAUCAUCCCCUCACCGUUCCCCAAAGUGUGGCACAAGAUGGAGGACGAUGGUGAACAUCUGGAUCUUCCUACGACGCGCGACUGGGCGAAGAUCACGACGGCGUUUGUGGUGGAGUGGAUGGGGAUCCAGGAUCAGAUGCCGAAGCUGUCGGUGACCAAGGCGAAGAGAAGCGCGACGGUGAAGACGACGAGCCAACGGACGGAGUUAUGA